AUGCCGACCGUUAACUGGCAUGAAGUUCGCAAAUACCCUUGUGCGUCCAUUAAGAUUGUGGCCGUAAGUUUUAUCAGGGUAGUUUACGUGGUGGCUUCGAGAAUUUUGAACCCCUUUUCGAGCCGAGUAUUGUCCCUACGCAACGCGAUCGCUCGAGAGAUAUUGGGCACGGCUUUUGUCUAUUCGCCUACUAUAUUCUACAGUGCACCGAGGAAGACUUCGAUCCCGAAGGUUGAUGGACCUGGAUGGAGUGCGUAUCUCGUUCCAAAUGUUAGCUCUGGAGACAUUGCCCAGCAAGACGCCGUGGUUCUGUUCGCACAUGGAGGAGGGAUGAUUGCGGGUCAUCCUUUGCAAUACCGAGAUGAAUACAAGAGGUGGUCCCAACGCGCUGCAAAGGAUGGUCAGAAGGUCCUGUUUUUCGCAGUCAAAUACCCUUUGUCAACCGAGUCACGCUGGCCUACCCAACGAGACGCUGUAAUUGGCGCCUACGAGUGGCUCCUGUCACAAAAAGUGCCUGCUACCAAGAUUAUUUUCGCUGGGGAUUCGGCAGGUGGAAAUCUGAUCCUUCUCACACUGCUCUACUUGCGAGACCAACAGCGCAAGACGCCUCUGCCGGUUUCGGUAGUCCUGAUGUCUCCAUGGGUCGAUAUGUCAGCGGCUCAAACGCUCAACUCUCCGCUUAAGCAAUUUGACUUCAUGCUCGAAUAUGAUGCAGGUGCUCCGAUAAUGAAUAGCAUGUUGCGACCAGAAAACACCUCCCCAAGUACAGCCGAUAUCUCAGCGAUUCUGCAUCAAGAUUUGACUCGCCUCCCUCCCCAAUUGGUCAUGUACUCGGCAACAGAGGUCUUAUCUUCGGACAGUGAGAGGUGGAUCACAAGAAGCAGAGCAGCAGGCAACGAUGUGGAAGUAUUUGCCCCCAAGGGCGAGCUGCACACGUUUUCCUGUGGAUGGCCCAUGACGGGACGGAAGAUGCAAGAUCGAUGCGACGAGCUUUUCCUCUCCUACAUUUUGAAUUCGAUACGCUCGAGAUAA